UGCUGGUUAAGGCAGUUUGCACCGAAAUAAAUGGUUUCAGUGCCAAAAAACAUUCCCAUCGAAGACGUAUUUAUGACGUGACGCGCGAUUAUAACAACUGUCUCGGUCACAUCGGCCAAACCACAGCCAAUGCUAACUGCAUGUGGCUCACCAGCUGCUUUUGGUGAGGAAGUGUGGUUAGAGUUCAAGUGAACUAAACACAAUAUAAGGCAGCUAGAGCGUGUUCGUAUUUCCUUCGAUUUGGCAUAUGGACAAGGAUAAAUUGACGCGAAGCAAUAUUUUAACAUGCACGCAUUGCAACGGGUUGAAUCCAUGAGGAUUGUGGAUCUGUGUCAGUCUGAUCUCUCUCUCUUGGUUUCCUUUUUGACCCAUUUGAAUGGUCCAACCUGUGACGUCACUCGGCAUUUUCCGACCAUGCUGUGCGCAACAACAUUCAGUCGCACCGUUUAGAAGCAGCCGGGAUUGAGGAAGUUUCCAUCCAAAGGCUCCUGUCUGGGAACUACUGCUAGAAUGGGUUCUAACGGAGACGUCAACGCAAACUCCGAGUGUCUCGGCAGCUCUGGGGAACCGAUCCUAGACAAAGCGGUCAGUCAGUGGAUUACCUGGGAUAAGAAUCGUCAUACACGGGAGCAGAUUGAGACUCUGGUGCGAGAGGGCCGUGUGGUGGAGCUGAAGAAGAGGUUGUGCUCCAGGAUGACGUUUGGAACAGCUGGCCUAAGAGCCUCCAUGGGGGCAGGGUUUGCUCGCAUCAACGACUUGACUAUCAUUCAAUCUACGCAGGGGUUGUACAAAUACUUAGCCAAAUAUUUCCCUGACCUAAACACAAGAGGACUCGUAGUUGGAUAUGACACUCGUGCCCAAGCAAGCAGUGGCUGCACCAGUGAACGACUUGCACGGUUGACUGCAGCUGUUUUUCUUUGUAAAGAUAUCCCUUGUUAUCUAUUCUCUACAUAUGUGCCUACCCCAUUUGUGCCGUACGCUGUGAUGAAGUAUGGAGCUGCAGCUGGAGUCAUGAUCACUGCUUCUCAUAACAGAAAAGAGGACAAUGGAUACAAGGUUUACUGGCACAAUGGAGCGCAGAUCUCCUCACCACAUGAUAAGGAGAUCUUGUGUUGCAUUGAAGAGUGUACUGAGCCCUGGGUUGAGUCCUGGAAUGAGGACCUUGUUGAGAGCAGCCCACUAAGGAAAGACCCUCUAGAGGAUGUCUGCCGCUGGUACAUGGAAGAGCUAAGCACUGUCUGCUUCCACAGAGAACUUAACGCAAAGUCUCCGCUGAAGUUUGUCCAUUCAUCUUUCCAUGGUGUUGGUCACGACUAUGUCCAGAGAGCUUUUCAGCAAUUUGGCUUCCCACCUCCUAUUCCUGUUCCAGAGCAGAAAGAUCCUGAUCCAGAGUUUUCCACUGUCUCUUGUCCUAAUCCAGAGGAAGGACAAUCAGUCUUGAAAUUGUCCCUUCAUUUAGCUGAGAGAGAAGGGGCCCACAUUGUGAUGGCCACAGACCCUGAUGCUGAUCGCCUUGCUGUUGCAGAGCAGAAUGACAAUUGCAGUUGGAAAGUGUUCACGGGAAAUGAGUUAGCUGCAUUGCUCGGUUGGUGGAUGUUAUUUAACUGGAAGGAAUCACACCCAGACCCAGCAGACACUGAGAGAGUAUACAUGCUGGCCACCACUGUUUCAUCCAAAAUACUUGAUGCUUUUGCACGCAUAGAGGGUUUCCAUUUUGAGGAAACAUUGCCAGGCUUCAAGUGGAUUGGAAAUAGAAUCCAUGAGUUAACAAAAACAGGAAAGGAGGUCAUUUUUUCCUUUGAAGAAUCCAUUGGCUUUCUGUGUGGAAACAUGGUUCUUGAUAAAGAUGGAGUCAGUACAGCAGUGGUUGUGGCUGAGAUGGCUGCGUAUCUACACACCAAAAACCUUUCCUUGAACCAACAACUAUGUAACAUCUAUGAAAUAUAUGGCUAUCACAUUUCCAGAACCUCCUAUGUUGUUUGCCAUGACCGUCCCACUAUCAAUAGAAUAUUUAGCCAUCUGCGCAACUUCGGAGGUCAGGAUGUAUACCCAGGGUUAUGUGGUGGUUACUGCAUCACACACAUCAGAGAUGUGACCACUGGUUAUGACAGCAGUCAGCCUGACAAAAAAUGUGUCCUUCCCUUGUCCAAAAACAGCCAAAUGGUCACAUUCACAUUUCAGAAUGGCAUUGUUGCUACUCUGAGGACCAGCGGGACUGAACCAAAGAUCAAGUAUUACACCGAAUUCUGUGCAUCACCAGGAGAACGCGAUAUCUCUUGUCUGGAGGAAGAGUUAAGAAAAGUGACCUCUGCUCUAGUUGAAGAGUUUCUAGAACCUGACAAGAACAACCUGAUCCGCCGAUCAGAAUAGCUUUAUUUUAGUUCUAGUGGGAAGUUUGUUGUCCUCAUGGGCAUUUCAUUUAAAAUCAGCCCCAAAGGCCGGUUAGUAAACUGUCAUGUGAAUGUUGUUUUAUCACUGUGAAAUAAUUUAAAGCAUAAUCACUUUAUGGCUUUCAAACCAAGAAAGAAAUAUUCAAGUAAACAUGACUGCUCGUUUUUCAAUUUAGUAGUUCAUAUAUGGCACGUUUUGACAUGAAUAAUUUUUUUUUUAUAACACAACCAGAAAAAAAGCCACAGGCUUUCAUUUUAUUUCUAUUACUUAUUUCAAGAACCCAUGUCAGUUUUGCCUUGGUCUUUGAGUGUUCUACAUUAUCACCAUUACAGUUCUGUUGCUUCAGGGAUAUGGGGUCAGGAUUUAAACUAUAUAUGGGGUCAGGAUUUAAACUGUUCAUCUUUCUCAUUUGAUAAACAUUCACUCCACCUAGACCUAUUUUCAGUUUGUACCGUUAUUCUUAAAGUUGUACUCCUAGAGCUGCUGCUGCUACCGUUACACUAUGUGCAUGUGUAGCCUAUUUGUGUGGACUCAUAAAGUGUCCAUAUUAGAUACAGUAUAGUGUUGAUGUUCACACUCACAAAGCAUUGUAUGUUUAGAUACUUAUACUGGAAAACAAGACAAAGAACAUGUUUUUUUGUUUGUUUGUUUUUUCUCCAAGUUCUCUUGCACUUAUCCUUGUAAAAAGACAAAAGGCUAGUUAGUGCUGUCUUUUCUGAAGUAAAGGUUAUUUUUUUAAGUGCAAUAAAAUAACUUCCCUAUAUAUUUAUGUUGCCCUAUCACUAUACAAUCAGUCAAAAAGCAAUUUCUAACAUUUUGUUUUUACCAUUGUAUUUAUACUAUUUUUAUUUAUGAAUUGGAUUUAUUCUUUACUCUCAUAACAUUUCUUUGUGACAUGAAAUACCCAGACUGCUGUUGUUGUACUGUAACACUGAGUGUGUAUUACAAAUAUCCUUAAUGUGUUGUUUGAUUGAAGACAAGACAUAUUCUUGAUUUUGUCUUGAUUAUUUGCUUUCCCAAAAAUGUAAUGUAAACUUAUUUAGUUGGUUCUUUAUGAAAUCUGUGUAAAAGAGUGUAACUGAUAUAAUUUUUGAGGUGAAAAAAAUAUAUAGAGAGAGAGAGAAUGAAUGAUAAUCAAAUGAAGAACCAUAUUUUCUUUAGAGUAUCCUUCUGUACAACAAUGUUUUUUUGUUUUCUAUACAAGCAUUUCAAGGUAAAUAUUUAUUUGCAGUGCAGCUGUGAUAUUCCUUAUACUGUAUAUGAUGUAUAUUGUAUGUCAACCCUUAUACAAAAGAAAUGUUGUAUUUGUAACUUGUUGCAAUUUCUUUUUGGGGAAAGAAUUAUAUGCACUUUCAAUUUUGGACAUUAUUCUAAGCCAAGUAACCUGUGAGCUACAGUGGCAAGUAAAAGUAUGAUAACCCUUUGGAGUUACCUGUAUUUAUGUAUACAGUUGUCUUAAAAUCUGGUUUGAUCUUCAUGUAAGUUACAAUAAUAAGCAAACACAAUCUGUUUAACAAAUAAUGCACAAAUUAUUGUUCUUGUACAUAUUGAAUACAUAAUUUUAAACAUUCACAGUAUAGGUUGGAAAACGUUUGUGAACCCUUAGCCUAAUGACGUAAACAUACGCUAAUUUGAGAAAGGGUUACAAAGUUAUUCGAAGAGCUUACUCGAAGAGUCCACAGUUAGACAAAUUGUCUAUAAAAUGAGAUGAUUUAUUACUGUGGCUACUCUCCCUAAAAGUGGCUGUCUAGCCAAGAUGACUCGAAAGGCACACCGCAGAAUACUCGGGUGAGGUAAAAUGGAACACUAGAGUGAAAGCUAUAGACUUCAAGGAAACAUUAGCCUAGUUCCAUCCACUUUUCGCACCAUUUUGUUAUCGACAAAGUGAAAAUGUGUAAAAUAAAAGAUUUUG